UUUCUGUCAAGUUUCAAGUUUAUUUCUAUAAAUGGGUUGUUUUAACAAACAUAAAUGAAAAGGAAAUGCCAUUGGCGCUUGUUUAUAUUUUUCAAAACUUCUUUCUACUCCAAUUUCUGCAUCCAUAAUCCAUGUAUGAGACCCUAAAACCCAACUUUUGAGUUCUGAUUCAUCUCUCCCAAGUCCAAAAAGCUUGCUUAAUCAACCAUGGAGCUUAGACUCGCUGUCUUCAUCCUAAUCCUACCAUUUCUAUCCACCAUUGCUCAAUCAGUCCGUUUCCAGAUCGAAUCUGGUGUGGCAAAAUGCAUACACGAUGAACUCAAAAUCAAUUCUAUGACAGUCGCUGAGUACUCCGUUGUUAAUCCAAACGAAGGACAUCCCUUGCCUGAACAUCACAAGAUCAGUGUCGCGCUGUUUGCACCAAAGGAAAAGCGACGUCAUCAUGCGGAAUUAGUAGAAUCAGGACAUUUCGCGCUUCAGGUUGAAGACAAUGGAAAGCAUCUGCUUUGCUUUUUGACCGAUGCUCACAAGCCGAUUUUAAACACGACUGUAGAGCUAAAUUGGAGAUCUGGGGUUGCUGCUAAAGGUUGGUCUAAUGUUGCCAAGAAAGAGACUGUAGAUACGAUGGAAUUAGAGCUGAAGAAAAUGGAGGACACAAUUUCUGUGAUUAUGGAGGAGAUGUUUGACCUUCGAGAGAGUGAAGAAGAUAUGCAAGAGUUAAUGAAGCAUACAAACUCGAUAAUGGGUUAUUUGAGUUUGGUUUCGUUGUUUAUUUGUUUGUCUGUGGCGGGAAUACAAGUAUGGCAUCUUAAGUCAUUUUUCGAGAAAAAGAAGAUUAUUUGAUUUUUAAUUGUUGCCAAUCAGGUUAUGUCAUUUGUGUAAAGUUGAACUAAACAUAUAUAAAUUUAUGAAAACGAAUCCAAAUACGAUGUGACUCGGUCCUAGAAGUUUCAUUCGCUUAUAUAUAUAUAAAUCUAUUCAUUUUAAAGUUUAAAAAUCUAUCAUAUGGUUCAUUAUAUCACUUAUUAUUUCAAUGCAAUAGGUCUUGGGAUCUUUGCUAAAAAAUCUCACAAAAAUGUGAUCAACCUCUCAUACCAACAUUGGUGUUUAAUACAACCAAAUUUAUUAGGUGAAAAGAAGUGGUGUCAUUCUUAUCACACUAUUUUUGUUGUUAUACAGGUGUCACUUUAUUUUUGUCACACAAUACUAACUUCUUGCCAUUUAAAAGGGAUGAUCUACCUUAUGACAUUUUCAGAUUUUUUUAAAGUUGUUGUAAAGAGAAAAACAUCAACAAAUAUGGUUUUUGGACUUUUACUCACACAUCUAGGCAUUGCCGCAAGAGGUUGCCAAACACCCUAUGUUGAGACCAAGGUGUGGUGUGUGCCAAGCACACCUCAUCAAUUGCCGAGGUGUUGUUGUGCCACCUCAUCAGUACAUUUUAACAUUAAAAUGAUAAUAAAAAUUUAUUUGUUCC